AGAUUUGGUACGAAAUCGAAUUGAAAUCUCGAAGAAAAUUUAAGCGACGAACCCUAGCUCUAUCUCCGGCGAAGGAACGCCGUUCAUCUAGGCAGUCACCGCCGGUGUUAAAAAGAUUGUGAGAAGAGAUGACGACUGCAGCUCGACCCACAUGGGCUCCUGCAAAAGGUGGUAAUGAACAAGGUGGUACUCGGAUUUUUGGUCCAUCCCAGAAGUACUCAUCAAGGGACAUUGCGUCGCAUACAACUCUAAAACCCAGGAGGGAUGGCCAGGACACCCAGGAAGAACUGCACAAGAGGAACCUCCAGGAGGAGCUGGAAGACCGUGAGAGGAGGCAUUUUUCAUCGAAGGAUAAAUAUAGUUAUGACAGAGAUCGCAGCAAGAGAGGAAGCCAGCUUUUGUUGGAAGGGACAAGAAGGGACACUGAAGACCGCAUUGUACCACGUAAUGUAGAUGCUGAUGAUUCUGAUUUGGAUGUCAAAAGUGAUGAUGACAGUGAUGAAGAUGAUGAUGAUGAUGAGGAUGAUACAGAAGCUCUUUUGGCUGAGCUCGAACAAAUAAAGAGGGAAAGAGCAGAGGAGAAGAAGCGAAAGGAAGAACUACAGUUGGCAGAAGAGCUUAAAGUCAAGGAAGCAGAGCUUCUCAAAGGAAACCCAUUGCUUAAUAAUCCAAUAGCCGCUUCUUUCAGUGUGAAAAGAAGAUGGGAUGAUGAUGUGGUAUUCAAAAAUCAGGCCCGUGGUGAAACCAAAACUCCCAAGCGCUUCAUCAAUGACACAGUGAGGAAUGACUUCCACCGCAAGUUUCUGCAUAAAUACAUGAAGUAAUGUCAAAUGAAUCCAACUUUCAAGAUAGUAGCCCAAGUAAUGAAGUGAAAAGGACAGUUUUCUUAAGGAUUGUGUGUACCUUAAUGUUUCAAUUGAUUGCACCGUGCUGAAUGUAGCUUCAACUGUGAGAAACAUAGAUGUAAAGCUGGAUGUUUAUGUUGAAUGUUGUUUUCUGUUCCGGAAGUUGGCAGGAACUGAUUUUAUUCUCAAUGUAGUGGGUCAUUGUGCGAA